AGACAUGGAUGUCCUCAUCGAUGAGGAUUUCAGUGUGACCGGUAACACCAGCCAUGAAACGGGACUGGAAAGACUAGAAGACAGCAAAAGCCAAGGACUCAAUCAAAGUGACCCCCUGGACAUGUUCAUAGGCAUGGAACUUCUUUUCCGUUUCAAAUCUCUCUUCCUGCCUCUCUACUGCCUCAUAGUCGUGGUGGCCGGUGUUGGAAACUCCUUCCUGUUGGCUUGCAUUUUGGCGGACAAGAAACUCCACAACGCCACUAACUUUUUCAUCGGUAACUUAGCAGCUGGGGACCUGCUGAUGUGUUUGAGUUGUAUUCCACUGACUGUGUCUUAUGCCUUCGACAGCCACGGCUGGGCUUUUGGGAGACCCCUCUGUCACCUGGUCCCCUUGCUGCAAUGUGCCACUGUGUUUGCAUCAGUGCUUUCACUCACUGCCAUUGCAGUGGACCGCUACAUUGUUGUAGCUCACCCAGUACGGAGGAGGAUCUCUGUGUGGGGUUGUGGUGCAGUGACUCUGGGUGUCUGGCUUUUAUCUCUGGCUUUGGCUGCACCUCCUUCUCUCUAUACACGCUAUCUGGACCUGCGACCAAGUGGCAUCGAUCUGGUAGUGUGUGAGGAAUUCUGGCCAGAUAGUGGCAAUCUGCGGCUGCUCUAUUCCUGCUUCAUUCUCAUAGCCUCCUAUAUGAUCCCGCUGCUGUCAGUCAGCGUAUCCUACUGUGCCAUCACUGUCAGCCUAAAACGUUAUUCAGUACCUGGGGAGCCAUCUAACAGCCAGCAGCGCUGGAGCCAAAGGAGGAAGAGGACCUUCUCUCUGCUGGUAGCCUCAGUCCUGGCCUUCGCGCUGUGUUGGCUGCCCUUGCAGGUGCUGAACCUGUUGCUGGACCUGGACCCAGACUUCCACAUCAUUGGGAAGCGUUAUGUAAAUGUAUUACAAGUCUGCUGUCAUUUGGUGGCUAUGAGCUCUGCAUGUUAUAACCCCUUCAUCUACGCCUCACUGCACAGCAAGGUGCGCAUGCACCUGAAAGGCUACCUCUGUCCUUGCCAGAGGGGGAUGGUGGAAAGAUCGACGUCCAGGAGUUGAUUUCAGAUGGUGCCUGUCUCACAUGCACAGCCCUGUCGCUGCCCACAAGCUAACACCUGCACCCCUAACACUGAUGUUGAUGUCUGAGGUGUCUAGAAGAAAAUAAGACAGUUACUCAACAUUCACAUACUCCAUGUAUUUCCAGCAUUUUGUGACUUCAGGACAAUCAGUCCUCUCUUGUAAAGUGUCACCAGAGAAAGUGCUAAAUAAAACCCCUUAUACAGAUCCAGACCAGACAGUAGUUCAGAAAGAUGAUGAACAAAAUUAAGCCAUCCACUGGGAUCCUGUUGUUUUUCUUGGAUGGCCCAGCUGCUGGCAUAGACGCGAAGCAGAUCCUGCAGCUUUAAAAAGGCCAGCAGUGGCAUAAACAGCCCCUCAGGCUGAGGGCUUGAUAGCAGACAUAUG